GAGCGGAGCAGUGCGCGGCGGUCCCCAGAUCGCCAGCGGGACGCCGGUCCCUCACGCGCGCCGGAGCGCCGCCGACUCCCACCGCGAGCCCCGGGCCCGAGCCGCCAGCCGCGCCGCCGCUAUGUACGACCCCGAGCGCGGGUGGAGCCUGUCCUUCUCGGGAUGCGGGUUCCUGGGCUUCUAUCACAUCGGGGCUAGCCGCUGCCUGAGCGAGCACGCCCCGCACCUCGUCCGCGACGCGCGAUGGUUCGGCGCCUCGGCCGGGGCGCUGCACGGCGUCGCCUUGCUCGCCGGGCUCUCGCUGGACCUCAUCAUGCACAUCCUCAUGGACCUGGCCCAGAGUGCCAGGAGUCGGAAUAUUGGCAUCCUCCACCCCUCCUUCAACUUGGGCAGGUACCUCCAAAAAAGUCUUCAGAGACACCUCCCCGACAACAUCCACAAGAUCAUCUCCGGCAAAAUGUUCAUUUCGCUCACCAGGGUGUCCGAUGGGGAAAACGUGCUGGUGUCUGAUUUUCAGUCCAAAGACGAAGUUGUGGACGCUUUGCUCUGUUCCACCUUCAUUCCUUUCUUCUGUGGCAUAAUCCCUCCUUCCUUCAGAGGCGUGCGAUACAUGGAUGGAGGAGCAAGUGACAACGUCCCCUUCUUUGAUGCCAAAACGACCAUCACUGUGUCCCCCUUCUAUGGGGAGUAUGACAUCUGCCCUAAAGUCAAGUCGACGAACUUUCUUUACGUGGACCUUACCAAGCUCAGCUUGCGCCUCUGCUCCGAGAAUGUCUACCUGCUAAUAAGAGCAUUGUUCCCUCCGGAUCUCAAGGUGCUUGGCGAGAUCUGCCUUCGCGGGUACUUAGAUGCCCUCAGGUUCUUGGAGGAGAACGGCAUCUGCGACAGGCCCCAUCCGUGCCUGAAUUUACCCUCAGAGGAGCUGGAGACCCUUAAAUUCACCUGGGGACGCAGGAGCCUGGCAUCCCCCCCGAGGUUGUCCGCUGGGGGGACGAAGCCUGAGGGAGACGAGCUGCUGGACCACCUGCGUCUCAGCAUCCUGCCCUGGGACGAGAGCAUCCUGGACACCCUGUCGCCCAAGCUCACGGCAGCACUGAGUAAAGCAAUUAAAAGCCAACAUGGUUACGUGAGCAAGAUUUACAACUUCUUACCAAUUAAGGUAAUGUCAUAUGUGAUGCUGCCUUGUACGCUGCCUGUGGAGUCCGCCAUCGCCCUGGUCCAGAGACUGGUGAUGUGGCUUCCAGAUAUGCCCGAGGACAUUCGGUGGCUGCACUGGCUCACCUCGCAUGUGUGCUCUCAAGUGGUGACGCAGCUGCUCCCCACCUCCAGAUCCCAGACACCAGCAAGCGGCCAACAGCCUUCCCCGAGGAACGUGAAGGCACUGCUGCCCUCCCUGCUGCCCAGCAGGGGCCGGAGCUGAGGCUGCUCACCAAACCCGUCCUCCUGGCUUGGCUUUUUGGGGCUGGAGCUGGGAGGGACUCCUCCUUUCCCACUCUCCUCGUGCAGGAGCGUUCCUGAGUCAUUUGAGGAGACAAGUCUAGGACAUUCUUUCCCAGGUGCUUCCCGAUCCUUCUGCAGCUACGUCUGCACUGGCACUCGAUGCCCGGAUGUCUGUAGCCUCUGUGCUGAAUUUAUAGUUUACUGAAACCAAAGGCAAUCUGUUGUUUCGGGGAAAAGCUAGGUGUAUGUGGUGCUCUAAAGCUUCAGGAAGUCUGAUAUUUAAGCAUUUGAGUCUGUUAGCUCAGUUGCCUGGGAAAUGACACCAG